GUUGUAUAGCACCGACUCUGUCGCGCCAUUGCCCCGGAUUUGCCCUCAUCCCAGGACACUGGGUGACUGGGAAAGAAGACGGGAAGUUGAGACGUGCCUUUGCAGAAACGAAGGUGCUUCGACCAAUACUUCAAACCACUUGUUUUCGCCAACGUCUUCACGAUGACAGGCCCCAUCACACCGGCGACCUCCACGGCGAAGGAUGCCGCCUCUGCCAGGAAGCGCAGGAGAAGAGCCCCCGCCGGUGGGGCCGCAGACGACUGCUUUACCUGUGCGAAACGGAAUGUCAAAUGCGACAGGAGGCGCCCUUACUGCUCGCAAUGCCUGGAGAUUGGCAACGACUGCUCUGGGUACAAGACGCAGCUCACAUGGGGCGUUGGAGUCGCGAGCCGGGGCAAGUUGCGCGGCCUGUCGUUGCCUAUCGCAAAGGCCCCCCCCGUGAGCUCGGCCAAGACGGUGAAGUCGCCGACGACGGUACGGGAACGCACGGGAUCUGUCGCCUCGACGGGCCAAUGGCCUGCAGAAAAGGAUGACCGGGCUGCCAGGGAAGAGGUGGAAACCGGCGUCAAGAUCGAGAUGGGUCACCGGCGGAACCCAUCCGUAUCUGUAGCGACGACAACCUUCCACCCCUACGACAUGUCACACUUGUCACCAACCGAGGCAGCACCACCACCAGGCUGGACUCACAUCCCAUUUUCAUCAAGCAUGACGGCGAACGAUACUUCGCGAUUCGCACUGAGGCCUCUGCACAUCCCUGCGUCGUCCCCCGGAGACAUGAUGCAGCGGGAUAUGAUCCAUACGCCAAUCGACGCAAUGAGCGACGUGGACUACAUGUCUCCCCUCGGCCAUUCAUUUCCGAGGGAAGAGGUUUCUGGGUACCUGCACAGCCCGAUGGUUUACGAAAGCUUCCCCAGCCACGCCUCGCCCGUGCCGCAGAGCCCAGUGGCCGCCAUGAUGAUCGAACAAUCCCGGCCGCCUGCUUCAUGCCCCAGCCUCGUGUACUCCCCAUCGGAACCCGCCUCGAGCCUUCACUCUCACUUUUCUCAUGCAGAUAGCCUGGAGGCGCAGUUGAGUCGCAAGAUGGCCCAAGAUUGCGACGUCUUGGGUUCCGGUACACCCGACAUGGACACAUACAGCUCCAGCGUCCAUUCACAUGGUCCUUUCUGGGCCUCCUCUAGUGGAGACGACGAGUCUGUUUCGCAGAGCGUCCCUGAUAGGAACCCAGCACCGUGGCCCGGCUCGUUUCCUUCACAAUCGCCCUCACCUGUGUUGCAGGUGAGCCCGGAUCUCAUCACCAAGAUGCCCUUUUUUAUGGACUACUACGAGAAGACCAUGUGCCCAAGCAUGGUCUACAUCGACGGUCCCAACAAUCCCUUCCGGGAACACAUCCUUCGCCUCGGCACCAGCAGCAGGAGUCUACAACAUGCAAUCUGCGCGCUCGCGGCCUGCAACUUGCGGAUGAAGAGGAAGCUCAGUCUGGGUUAUCAUGGCAGGGACGUCGGGGAGCGGCGGUUAGACAUGAGCCCGAUUGACAGCGGAUCCGACUUGCAACCCAACGACCAGUCCCUUGCCGAGGAAUACCAGCACCGGAACCUGGCCGUCCGCCUGUUAAACGAGCAGCUAAACGAUCCGGAAAAGUCGAUGCACGACUCCGUCCUCGCCACCAUAUUGUUAUUAUGUCACUACCGGAUGGCGGAAUCGGGCGUGGCCAAAUUUCAAACCCAGUUCGCAGGUGUUAGGAAGAUUCUGGGUUUACGGCGGAUGUCGCCUUAUCCGGCGUCAAGAGAGUCAGCGUGGAUGGAAGCACUUUUCACUUAUUUUGAUGCUAUAUCCGCAAGCGUCAAUGAUCGGGAACCCCAACUCACCACCUCGUUUUACGGCGUUCCGCCCGAUGCGCAUCUAUUACCCCCCGGUGCCGAAAAUCUCGUCGGCUGCGAGCGAGAGCUCUUCAAGACCGUCAGCAAGCUUGGCCGGCUCAACUUGCUUUCUCAACACCGUCCCGUCCAACAUGUCCUCGCUUCAUCUCCGCUACCUCGCAUCACAAAUUCCCGAUCAGCGUCCCCCCUUGGAGCUGCGUUCAAACCUCCACCCCUCCUCAACGGUCCCGAACGCCACCAGAGUAUUUUUGGAGGGCUCCCGCACCCUAUCAAUAGCAGCGUCCGGUUCGACGGCAACGGUUUCUGCACAACGAGCUUUGAAGACGACCACAUGCUUAGCCCAACUCAACCCCAUGCGCCGACCGCUUACGACGACCCGCGCACGAUGUUCUGGCGCGAGUGGAAAGAAGCCCGCCAGGCCCUCCAGACUUGGGAGUUCGACGCCGCUCGCGUGCGCGCCUCUCUUACCUCUCCUCUACCGACGUCUGCCUCGUCCCCAUCGCCGGUCGGGUCCAUGUCGACCUCCCUCUCCCAACCGUCCCCGACAAGCGGUCAAGUCCGAGACCUCGGCUCGCUCAGCGAAGCUUUCCGCUACGCGGCGCUGCUCUACACGGAACGGCUCGCCAGCCCCAACGUGCCGUCAAACCACAACAACUUCCGCAAUCUCGUCAGCCAAGUCGUCUACUACGCCACCAGCCUCGAGGCGGGCAGCGCGGCCGAGAAGUUCCUGCUUUGGCCGCUGUUUGUGGCAGGGAGCGAAUGUGUGAACGAGCUGCAGCAGAAUAUUGUGCGAUCCAAGUGCAGGGAGAUCAUGGCGAGAAGCGGGUACAUGAAUAACCUCGCUGCUCUGGAAGUGCUGGAACGGCUGUGGGCUGGCGAAGGGUGGGGUGAGGACGCGGUGAGGAAUCAUCACCAUAGGAGGAUGCUUGGGAAUGGAAAGGGAGGGCCGUUCAACUGGGCGAGGUGUAUUGGCGGGCCUGGAGUUGAGGUUGAGUGGAUAAUGUUUUGAUCAUGGUUUGUUUGGCCGAUGGAUGAUGCAGAAAGGAGGGAAGUGAUGAUGAUCUGGUUGUACAUGACUGGCGUAAAGGCGGGCGGCAUUGGGGAUACCUCC